UUCUUAAUGAAGACUUUUCGGUAGAUUGGGUUACUUAGGUUUAAAAUCUAGAAAUGGAUAAGGAAGCACCAGAGUACCUGUCGGCCGAGGAGCUUCGAAAUCGGCUGUACCACAGCCUCCGUGAUCGUGGUCUGGUCGAUAAUAUCAAGAGUCAGCUUCGCAAUAGUAUUGUCACAGAACUACAGCAAACAGCACGGGGACAUGGUCAGUUGACCCUUCGAGACCUGCGAGUCCCAGAAGAAGGAUCCUUACUUCACCGUGCCUCCAACAGUCUAAUUGCAGAUCACCUACGACGCUGUCAUUAUGAAUACUCGCUCAGUGUCUUCCUUCCUGAGAGUGGCAUCAGUAGGGAUAAGGUGUUUGGAACACAUGAUCUUCUACAGCUUCUUGGGAUUAGUUCUCAGUCACGACUUUAUAGAAAGAUGGCCUCACCUGAAGGGGAACAUCACAAGAAAGGAUUUCUAUGGCAGCUUCUUAGUGAAGUCGCAAGUCUCCACGCCAAUGCUGUACAAGACUUUGGAACCCAGACUGACCUCAUCAAGGUUGGACCAAUCACCUCAUUAGAUGAGAAGCUUAUUGGUGUUGAUGACCUCUACUCAUCUAAAAGAGAUGACCAUCACAAGAUUGGAGUAACCGCAGUAGAGGACAGAUUGCUGUCCUUUCAGCGUCAGUUAGAAGAACGCUACAGAUCUGAUUUACAACUUGAGCUUGCACGGAUGAAGGAGAAUGAGAUUGCUCGGAUACGUGUUGAAGAGAAGGAGAAUGGUCGUCGUGAGUUGGAUCAACUACGACGUGAGCUGGAGAGAACAUACCAGAAUAAAAUUGACUCGAUGACGACACGAGAACGUAACUCUAUAGAAAGGAUGCAGAGAGAACAAGAGAUGCAUGAGAAGGAGAUAUAUACUCAACGUCAGACCAUACUGGAGGAAAUAGAACAGCUACGAAGACGAGAGGCUGACGUCAAACGCCAGGCUGACAUCAACGACAGGGAGAAACAGCUAAUGGAAGAUCGACUACGAGACAAAGAUUCUAAUUUGAAACACAGAGAACAUCUAGUCAAUCGACAAGAGACAGAAUAUGAACAGAAACUAGCCAAUGAAAUGACAAAAUUCAAGGUGGAGGAACAGGCCAAGUUUAUGGCAAGAACACAGAACCUUGAGAUCAGGGAGGCUAAGCUGAGAGAGGAUGAGAGGCGUGUGGGAGAAGACAAGGAUCAUCUUCAGGGACUCAAGGAUACACUGAAGGACAGGGAGGUUCGCAUCAAUGAACUUGAGACAAAGAUUCAGGAGGAAAAACAUAAAGAAGUUGCAGCAUCAAGACAAAAUGAACUUCUACAUGGCAAGCUACGAGAUAUGGGUGACUACAAGGUGUUACAAGAGAGUAAUGCUGUGAUGAAGAAUGAGCUGGAGACUUUGAGAACGAGGCUUGCAGAGUUGAUGCAAAUGAACGAACGUGAAAGAGGAAGACAGGAGGAGAUGAUGAGAGAAUUGAGAAGACCCUCUCCAGAGACGCUCAUGUUACAACGUGACCUGGAGAAAGCCAAGGAGGCACUACGCCAAGAAACAACACUGUCCAGUGCCCAAACAUCACAGCUGGAGAAACGUCUCCAAGAGGAGAUGGACCGAAACCGUGAUCUGCUUCGGAGGUAUGAGGAACAGACGUCACUGAUGAAGGAAAUGAAUCGGGAAGUGGUUGACCUCAGGUCACAGCUGUCCAUCACUCACCAAGCCCUCACCAAUGAAGUAUACAGGAAGCCGGUACGUCCUGGCAGUGACAGUCGUGGUGGAUCUCUCUACACAUCCAGACAACUACCAGACAAUGAGGAGAAUGAUGAUAAUCUUCAGAAACCUGCAACAGAACUUGCCUCCAGACUUAAUGUUUCCAGUCCACGUCGAACGUCACGCCGACCCAGGUUUGAGGACAAUGAUGUGUACAACGAUAUCGAUGUAGACUUUGGUUUACUGCCCUCUAAUGGUGGAAAGAUGUAUACAGAUCUGUCAGAAGAUGACCAGGAUAACGGGUCCUUAGGAUCAGCUGAUAUUGUGGCUGAGGCUAAAUACAGACUCCGCAGUCUUGAGAAAGAGGCUUCGAACCUUGAGAAGGUGUACAGAGAUUUCCAGUAUCAGAUGAUCAACCCAGUGACUGAUAAUGAACCUAGUAGAACCCCUAGGGGGAGCCAGCAGUCAGCCCCGCAGGACAGGCCAAGCCAAAAGAAGGUAGAGAUUGUGGCAUCCCCUGGAGAAAGUCCAAUCCAUCGCCCUAUGUCAUCCACUCCAUACCAACAGACAGCUCGGGGCUCCUCUCAGCUGGCAGACAGUCUACAUGAGCUGACAGGUUCCCGCGAUAGAGAGCACCCUCCCCCAAGGUUUGACAUUUCCAACAUGUCUGAUGAGGGUGAACACCAUCAAGAUGAAAGGAUAGAGAAGCCGCGACCAAUCACAAUGUCUGACCUCGAGGCCAGGCCAGGGUCACCAAGUAUUAUGGUGGUGCCAGCAUCUGGAGCAUCAAGCGAGGACAACACACCCGCAGUCAGGGAUACUGACCAGGGAAAGGCAAGUCCACUACCACCGUUGGGUGGCCCCAAACUCGCCCCAAUCAGUCAGGAUCCCCCAGCCACACCUAGUAGACCCCCACCACGGGGAAAACUCGCUCCAAUUUCACUGGAUGAUGCCUGGAAGACUCCUUCCUUGGAGGAUGCAUGGAAAUCACAAACAGCCGUGAAAGAAGUAGAAAACUCAGCAGAUGAAGACAAGUGGGAGGAGGAGAGAAAGAAAAAGGAAGCCGAGAGAAAAAAGAAAGAAGAAGAAGCAUGGGAAAGAGAGCAAAGAGAACUAGAAAGACUGCAAGGAAAGGGAGGGUCAGCAGACUUUGAAGAUGAUCAAGAGCCAGAACCAGCCAAAAAACAAGAAAAAGAUGAUGAUGGAAUUGAUCCGACAAUGAAACAAUACAUGGCUAUGGUGGCUCAGCAAAAGGAAAGAGAGAAAGAGCUUGCCAAAAAAGCGACUGACACCUGGUCUAAGGGGAGACAACUUUCACAAGCAGACACUGUGUCCCAGUCAGAACAGGAAAUGUCUGGAGCUGACGUUCACAGUAAUGAUGGAUCGGAGGCUGAUUUCCAGUGGUAGCUGAUGUAGGUUGGUGAUGGUGUGAUCGGUAAUGAGAUACAGGAUCAUUACCUCUUACAGGGAUAUACUAUCACGCUGUAUCAAGUUCUACGGUGAUACAGCUAGAUACAGGAUCACUACCUCUUAUAGGGAUACACUAUCACACUGUAUCAAGUUCUACAGUGAUACAGGAUCAUUACCUCUUACAGGGAUAUACUAUCACGCUGUAUCAAGUUCUACAGUGAUACAGCUAGAUACAGGAUCACUACCUCUUAUAGGGAUACACUAUCACGCUGUAUCAAGUUCUACAGUGAUACAGCUAGAUACAGGAUCACUAAAACAGUAUUUAUAAGACGGAGAGGUGAUAGUGGAGAUUGUCUCACAGGGAUACAGUGGAAGACAAUAUAACGCAAAUAUAAAAGGAAACAUACUAUGAUUAUAGUGAGUGUAAUAGACAGUUAAAUUCAUUACAUAAAUUAAAUGAUGAUGGUAAGACUUUGUGUUGAUUUCUUCAACAGAGGCCUGCUGAUUAGUUCAAAGGAAAACCUUUACCACAAAAUUAUGAAAGUUAUUUUUACCUGUAGAUAUAAACUAAACAAGCUAUCUGUAGCUUUGGACCAUACAGUCAUUUGUAGGUGUGUCAGUGUGUGAAACUUCAGAAGGACUUUACAGUUACUUGAAGGGGGUGUCAGUGUGUGAAACCUGAGGAGAAGAAUGAGUGCAAGGGAGGAUAUGAAUGUUGUCUGGUGCAAACAAAAAAACAUAUAUAUGCGUGAUAAGUAACAUGAUGAGGAACAUUGUGAUAAUUAAAGUGUUUCUUUGAGGAUGGAAGAGAGUUUUGUUUGGAUCUGGAAUGUUUUUUUUUUUGCUUAUUUACCAUGAAUUAUGGUUUAGAUUUUUUAAACACCAUUAUCUAUGUUUCUUUCAAACAGACAACAGUACAUGUUAUUUUUCUUUUGCUUUUGGAUAGAGUUCUUUGGUUGUUGUCGAAGUUUUCUGUGUACCAUGACCAAGUCGCAUGAUUUUUAUACGCCCGUCAAAAGACGGACGUAUUAUGGUAUGGCACUGUCCGUCCAUCCGGCAUCUGUCCUAAACUUUAAUUGUCCGGAGAACUCCUCCUAUAUUUUUCAGCCGAUCUUUAUGAAACUUGGUAGGCUUAAUCACCAUGAUAUGCAGUUGUGUUUUCCUGAAUGGGGUUUUGAUUUGGUGAUUUCAACAAGAGUUAUGCCCCUUUGUUUAUUUCACUAUAGAAAUCUUGUCAGGAGAUCUCCUCCAACAUUUUUCAGCCGAUCUUUAUGAAACUUGGUAGGCUUAAUCACCAUGAUAUGAAAUUAUGUUUUCCUGAACGGGUUUUUGAUUAGACGAUUUGAGUAAGAGUUAUGCCCCUUUGCCGUUUCGGAUAUUCACGGGCGUAUUUUGUUCCGCUUUGCGGUACUCUUGUUCUGACUUAGAAUAUAGU